CGAGAAUUGAGCUGCUCUGUUUCUUAGAACUGGAUUCUCAGAACUGGUGAUGCACAGAGUUUCGAGGAAACUUUUACAAGAUACCGACAGCAUGGCCGCGACUGCAGAUGGCUGCAUACAAUUCACCCGCCAUGCGGGCGAUGUCUUGCUCAACUUCAACCGCCUUCGCAGCAGGAAUAUCCUGACCGAUGUCACCAUACAGGUGGACGGGCAGCAGUUCCGCGCACACAAAGCCAUUUUGGUGGCCUGCAGUGGCUUCUUUUAUUCUGUGUUCAUGGAUCCCGAGAACACAAACCUCAGUGCCAUCAGCUUGGACCCAAAAGUGGACCCCAAGGGUUUCUCGAUCCUGCUUGACUUUAUGUACACAUCUUGUCUGAACCUGAUGGACAGUCUGGUCAUUUCCACCAUGAACACAGCCAUCUACCUCCAGAUGGAGCAUGUGGUCGACACCUGCCACAGGUUCAUCAAGUCCAGGGCUUUAAAUCUGCCGACUGAAGAGGUUCACAUUAACUCAUUACAUCUAGCAGAAGACAGGCCUGCUGCUGACAAAGAGCCAGACUUUGGAAACACAUCAACCUCCUCCUACACCCCCAAUGUUUUCAGAGGGAUCAAUACCUCUGGCUCCUAUCAUGUUUAUGGAGACCCCCACGCCCCUGCUGGUCAGCUAGAAGGUGCCCAUAAGUCCAGCGAUCUUGCCAGAGGAGGGGCUUUGUCUCAGAAAGGGUGCAACCAAUUGUCUCACAGUGAGUCCACCACCACCAUCUCCCACCCUGUGCCAGCCCACCCCAGUUUCUCCACCACCGUCAUGAGACCAGCAGGAGCCCAAGGGAGCCACCAAAGACCUGCCACACCCAUGGAUGAAGACAGCAUUCAGCACCCACAGAGCAGCUGCCUGGGAUUGUCUCCAGGUUUUGUUAAAGGUGUGAUCUGCAGCCCUCAGAGUCCCCUCAGGUCUGACUGCCAGCCCAACUCACCCACCGAGUCCAACAGUAACAGAAACGCCAUGCUGAGCCUCAAGCAACCGUCAGACUGCCCCAAUGACUCCAAGGCCCGCAACUGGAAGAAGUACAAGCUGAUUGUUAUGAACCAAACAUCUGACGAGACCGAGAAGGAGGUGCAGGGUGGAGGUUCUGAAGCUGCAGCCAUGUCCCCAGCUCUCAGCCCAUACAGGAGCAGUGAAACAAGGGGACACAGUGAGGUCCAGUCAGAGGAAGAUGCCAGUGAGCACAGAGAGGAAAACUUCACGUCACAGAGCAUGGACAGCUGCGAUGGAAGCACAUGCAGAAGCAUCAGCCAGCGCAGAUGCUCAUCCUGUGGAUGUGACAGCCCUCGCUGUAUGGAGAUGGGUCACCUUUCUCCUGACUCAUACAGCAGAGAUGAAGCCACCAAACUACACUCAGAUUAUUCAUCCUCCAGCUGCGAAAACAACACCUACUUCUGCAAUGGCUGCGACUCUAAGUUCAUGGAGGAGGAUGCCCUUAAAGAGCACAUGGCCCAGGUCCACAGUGACAAGCCAUACAAGUGCGACUGCUGCCAAGCCGCCUUCCGUUACAAAGGCAACCUGGCCAGCCACAAGACUGUUCACACUGGUGCAAAGCCGUACCACUGCAACAUCUGUGGUGCUCAGUUUAACCGACCAGCCAACCUCAAGACACACACACGCAUCCACUCUGGAGAGAAGCCAUACAAGUGUGAGACCUGUGGCUCCAGGUUUGUCCAGGUGGCCCAUCUUCGUGCCCAUGUGUUGAUCCACACAGGAGAGAAGCCGUACCCUUGUGAGAUCUGUGGCACACACUUCCGCCACCUUCAGACGCUCAAGAGCCACAUGCGCAUUCAUACGGGAGAAAAGCCUUAUCAUUGUGAAAAAUGUGACCUCCACUUCAGACACAAGAGUCAGCUGAGACUUCACCUCCGGCAGAAACAUGGUGCCGUCACCAACACCAAGGCCCAGUAUCGCAGAACUCCCAGUAACAUCCUCACUGGUCUGAUGAGCUCCUGCUGAGACAGCUGAAGUUUUUCUGCGUGUACGUUUCUUUUUGCAUAGGCCGCCAUGUUGUCAAAAGAUUUUUAUUUUUUACACACAAAUAUUAUAUAAAGUGUAUGCCCUUUAUGCAUUUGUAUAUGAUGCACAUUACUUAAUGUAAGCUCUUUGGUAUUUCAAAGAUGGUAGAAGUUGAUGCUUUCUCUGUGAAUGUCUAACAACAGAAUGCACAUUGUGAAUUGUGAGUUUGAGCAGGUAUUUGUUUGGCCAAUUACUGAUCAGUAUGUCAGCAUUGAAGGACAGUCCUCUUCCUCACUCGGAUUGAGAAUCACUGUUACACUUUUGCUUUAGCUGCUGGUGUGAAUUAGCCCAGUUAUGUGCUCAAUGUUCAUAUUUCAUUAGAUUAUUUUUGUACAUAAGAUAAUAUAUAUUUUCAGAUUGCCAUCUGCUGGCAGAGUACAGAUAUAUUUACGCAAAGUGUUGUUUUUCGUACAUGCUGUCAAUAACAUAAGGGCUUGUUAUUCUGCUAUUUCAUAAUUUGUGGUACGUAUUGAAAUAUACAGAUUUUCACCCAUAUAAAAAAAUGCUAUAUAUUACAUUUUUUUCAACAACAGUUUCACUGGCUAUAUUCUUAUUUAUGUUCCUUCUAUGCUGUAUUCUAACACAUUUUGGUGCUGCAGUGAUCCAUCCAUAGGAUCAUUCAAAUU